AUGUGUCUUUCCAGUGCCUUCCUGCUCCUCUGCCUUCCGGGCUAUUUCACUCUGAGCAUUCCCAGGAUCUUAAAAGGCACAAUGGGAGGAACAUUGGUGAUGGAGUGCCGGUACAAUGUGGGAGAGGAGGGUCACAGGAAGUUCUGGUGCCGAGGGCCCAACUGGACAGACUGUGUCCGAGUCAUUGAAACGGAACAGAUGGCAGGGCAAGAGGUGAGGCGUGGCCGAAUAACCCUUCGAGACAACCCCAGAGAGCACCUUUUCCAUGUGAUCACGGAGGACCUGGAGGAAGGAGAUGCAGACACUUACUGGUGCGGGGUGGACAGGGCCACAAGUGUCCCCCAGGCCCCGGUGGCCAUGACUAUUUUUCCAGGCUCAUCGACAGUAUCAAUGAUGACCACUGAGACAUUGGCCAGCAUGGGAGCCCCAGCUCUGACCAGUUACAUGGCCAGCCCUGGCCUUCCUGCUUGGCCCUUCCUGUUCUUUGCCAGCUUCCUAUUCCUGGUCUUGCUGAAAGUCAGCCUCUUCCUGAGCUUCAGUUAUGCUGCCAUUUGGUUGGCCUGGCUUCAGCGUCACCUCUGAGGAUGAUGGUCUGCCCAGCCCAGUGUAACUGCAGCUCACUCCCCAGUGACUCCCUGUCUGGUGACACAGUUCCUGGCCUCUCUGCUCCAAACUCAGCCUGGACCCAUCCCUGGGAUGUGAAGCCAGAAAUGAAUCAGCCCCAG